UUCAAACUACUUCCGGGUACGGCGAGCAGCAGGGCUCUCUGACGGCGGUUGUCAACGCUUUAAACAACGCGCUUCACUGAACUCUUUGCCCCAUAAAUGAAGUCAAAUGCUGGUCAGUCGCUGUUUCGGACUGUGCGCUCUCUGCAGCCGUGUAGUUCACAGCAGCGGGGGGAGAAGAGCAGCACGGAGGACACUCGCGGGACACGCCGGUGCGGAGUAUGUUCACGUCACACAGGUGCGUCACGGGGGCACAGUGGCACCAACGCGCCUCUAUCACAGCGAUUUGGGGCACUUGUACGGGACCGAGUCCGUUCAGAGGCACGUGCGGCGGCUCGUGGAGGAGUUCGGAGACAUUAGCCAGAUGUUACAGCUGUCACACCUGUCCGAGUCGGACAGGAAAGUGCUCCUGAAGAAGCACGCAGAGCUGCUGCCUGUGGCGGACGCGUUUGAGAGCACCGAACAAGCCCUGAAAGACCUCGAGGAAGUCACCUCACUGCUGCACGGUUCAGCUGCUGCCGAAGAUGAAGACGAACAGCUGACCCAGCUGUUGAAGGAGGAGGAAGAGCAAAUCUCCUGCCGGGUGAUGGCCUUGAGGAAAGACUUGGUCAAAGCUCUCGUGCCCAUCGAUCCCCUCGACUCCAGUAAUAUUCUGCUGGAAGUUGUAUCAGGACGAACAACAGGGGGUGACAUCUGUCAGCAGUUCACCAAAGAAAUGUUUGACAUGUACCAGGGUUUUGCCUUUUACAAGAAUUGGGAUUUUGAGCUUCUGAACUACACACCCGCCGAGUAUGGUGGUCUGCACCACGCCGCGGUGAGAAUAGCCGGGGACAAUGUGUACAGACACCUGAAGCAUGAAGGAGGAACUCACCGGGUGCAAAGGAUCCCGGAGGUGGGCCUCUCCUCCAGGAUUCAGCGCAUCCACACGGGGACCAUGACUGUGAUCGUCUUGCCUCAGCCAGCGGAGUUGGACAUCGACCUCGAUCCGAAGGAUCUUCGCAUCGACACGUUCAGAUCUCGAGGUGCCGGGGGCCAAAGUGUCAACACAACUGACAGCGCAGUUCGCGUUGUCCAUCUUCCCACCGGGACGACGGCGGAAUGUCAGCAGACUCGCUCUCAGCUGCAAAACAGAGACACUGCCAUGCGUGUGCUGAGGGCCAGGCUCUACCAGGGCAUUCUGGGUAAAGAGACGGAGCAGAGACACGUAGCACGGAAGCAGCAGGUGGGCACGCGUUCUCAGUCCGAGAGGAUUCGUACUUACAACUUCAGCCAGGAUCGUGUCACAGACCACAGGACUGGAUAUGUUACUAGAGAUAUUAAGGAGUUCAUGAGAGGAGGGGAGGCUCUCUGUGAUCUGAUCGGUCAUGUGCUCGAACAUGCAGAGAGGGAGGCUCUUCUGGAGGCGGUGCGGAGCAGAGGUGUGAAACCAGACUGACGCUACUGAAGAACAUACAGCAUGUCAACACAUCGUACUGUGAUGCAAAAUAUACAUAUUUAUAUUAUUUUAAUAAGUCAUGAAUGUGCACUUGUGCAAUCGUCAAAAGUAAAGUAAGCCCAACUGGAGUUCACUCAUACUUCUUAGAGGUUUUUAUUUUCCUAAUAAAAUAUUUAAUGAUGUA